AUGGAAACAACACCACGCGUGGAUGAUGAACGAAUUCCUGAAGCCAAUAUCGCUCCCAUUCCUACAUGGCAGUUUUGGUUGCUUUGUUGUGGAGUCUGUUCAGGCCUGCUACUGUCGAUCAUCGACUCCUCCAUCCUAGCAACCAGUUUAUACACAAUCGGGGUCGAGUUUCAAGAGCAUAGUCUGAUCAACUGGGUCGUGCUAGCCUAUACUUUAGGCUAUGCUGGCUUCAUCGUGUCAUGCAGCACUCUUUCCGAUAUUGUUGGACGGCGUAAUGCUUUCGCAGCUUCAUAUAUACUCUUUGUGUCCUUGUCUAUUGCAUGUGGCUUUUCUAAGCACGUAAAGUGGCUGAUAAUAUGCCGAGGAUUUCAGGGGAUUGGCGGUUCCGGCCUAUAUGCCUUAUCAAUGAUCAUAUUGACUCAGCAGUGCCCACCACAGCUUCGUCAAUAUAUCGGUAGCAUUAUUGGAGUGGUCAUUGCCAGCGCGGGCAUUCUUGGGCCUGUCUUGGGAGGGAUUUUCGCCCAAUAUACGAGCUGGCGGUGGAUUUUUUGGAUGAACGGGCCCAUUGGGUUUGUUUCUCUGAUUGUUUUCUUUAUUAGCUGGCCCAGCAGAAGGAAGAUAUUUCAUACACACACCACACCGUGGAAGCAGUUUGACUUUGUCGGUACCGUACUAGGAAUCACGGCCUCGAUUCUCGUGGUUUUUGCAUUUCAGAAUGCCGGUGAGUCCGAACCAAAGACCUGGAGGCGCCCGAUAUUCAUCGCACCAUUGGUCGUUGGUUUGGCGUGCUGGCUGGCACUCUUCGCCUGGGGAUUUGCUAUUGAGAAGUGGUUUGCUCAAUCUAUCGCUCCCGUCUUUCCUAUAGAGCUGUUACGAAAUCGACGCUACGCGAGAAGCAUGUUGACUACUUUUCUACUGGGCUAUCCUUAUUUACUCCUGAUAUUCUUAUUUCCAAUAAGGAUGCAAGUCGUGAGCGGCAAGAGCCCACUCCUUGCAGGGCUAACUUUGCUUCCUAUGCUAGGAACAGCUGCUAUCGGGAGCAUGGUCAGCGGAAAGGUCAACGCAGUCAAAGAUCAUCUCUCUGGGACCUUGCGUUGUGGUUCAUGGCUCAUGGGUCUUGGAUUUGUGCUCCUCACAACAGUUAGAGGACCUGAAAACGACGCAAGAGCUCUUGGGUUUCUAGCUUUCGUGGGGUUUGGUUUUGGUCUUUUUACAGCAGCAGCAACCAAUGUGAUAAGUGUUGAUGUUCUGACACGCCAAAAGGCGUCAGCUCAUGGCAUUCUUGCGCAAGCGAGAAUAUUAGGGGGAAGCCUUGGCGUAGCAGUUUCUACGUUGUUCUUACACACCGAAGUCAUUAACCGACUUCCGGAUAUUCUGACCCCCGAGGAGCUGGCUUUCAUGGAGGGCGACAUGAAAAAUCUAGUGGGAGAUAGCCUAGAAGCUGUCAAGAAGGCAUAUUCGUCUGCGUUCCACAAGAGCAUCACAACGGCCGCUGUAGCAGCUUGUUUGGCGGUGCUAUCGACAGCCUUUAUGAGCUGUCAUAUACGCAAAAGGGACAUCGAGCAGCAGCUUGAAACGACAGUUCCGAGAGAUCGACAACAGAGAGGGGUGGAACCUUUGAUUCCGUUGCAGGACGUUGCGCAUUUGGAAGAGCCGAUGAAGUGA